AUGACAUCCAACCAAAUUCCUAAUCAACAAAUUUCUCAAAUUUCAGCGAUGGAGGCAGCUAAGUUUUUGCUUUCGUUAGAUCCAAAUAGAGAAUACUUUAUCAAGAAGGAGAUGGCAGAUAUUGCGGGAAUUUCUAUUCCGAUGAUUGGCAAUUUUCGCUUAAAUAAAAUACUACACAUUGCUCAAAUGCUUUAUGCUUCUAAAUACGGACAUUAUUUGUUUUUGGAAAAGAUAUCUCGCCCUUUCUUAAUAACUCAAAUAAAAAAAAUAAAAGAGUUGGAUAAAGAGUUAUUUUUUCUUCGCUUGUUAUCUAUCACUUCGCAAGAGGAAGAGGAAAUCACAGAAAAACAAAAGCCUUUCGUUUCUCAAAUCCAAAUUCGUCAACUGCCUGACUGUCUAAGAAUAGAUCCUUCUUUUGUUAGAAUUCAUCGUCCUUUUGAAUUAAAGAUAAUUCCCAAAAGAUUGGUCGAAUAUCUUUGUAAAAAAUGCCCUGUUGGCUGUUUUAAACUCAAAGAAUAUGAUUACUUGGUCGAAAAACACGAGAAAUACCGAAACAACAAAAUGAAUGAGCUGCUUCUUCUCCCCCCUUUCAAAGUUGAAAUAUUGGAAUA